CACCAGAUAGCGCUACCUCGUAAUCGGAUGCCAUUAGAUAGAUCGGAAGGAACAAAUGUCUUUGAAUCAAUUACGUUCCCGUUCGGAACGCAUCGCCGUCGUUGGAGCGGGAGUCGUCGGUUUAUCGACUGCUUUGUGCAUUCAAAACAAACUUCCCGAUGCGCGUAUUACGUUGAUAGCGGACAAAUUUAACGAACAAACGUUAAGUGACGGGGCGGGCGGAUUGUUUCGCCCCGAAUUAGACAUUGGACCGAGUAUCGAUAUUUUAAAGCAAUGGUGUAAAGAUAGUUAUGAGCAUUUUUUAUCAAUUUUAAAAUCAGAGGAUGCUGGAGAAGCUGGAGUACAGUUUGUUUCAGGAUUUUAUUUGUCAAGUUUGGAUGAAAUUCAUGAAAAUCCUUUAUUAAAUGAAUUUUUACCAGAUACAAGAAAAAUGUGCAUUAAAGAAUUGUCUAUGUUUCCAGAAAGCUUUAAAAAUGGAUUAUUCUUUACUACAAUUAUUGCUGAUUGUAGAAGAUAUCUUCCUUGGAUGAUGAAACAAUUUCAAGAGAAAGGAGGCAUGGUUGAAAACAAAACUGUAGAAAGUUUUGAUCAGCUUGCAGGUAAUUAUGAUACAGUUGUAAAUUGUACUGGUUUGAGAGCCAAAGAUUUGACAAAAGAUUAUAAGUUGGUUCCAAUUCGAGGUCAAACUAUAAAGGUUAAAGCACCUUGGAUUAAACAUUUUUUUUAUGGUGAUGAAGUUUACAUUAUUCCAGGAAUAGAUUAUGUUACCCUUGGUGGAAUUAAAGAAUAUGGAAGUUGGAAUAUGAAUAUUAAUCCAUAUCACUGUAAUUUGAUUUGGGAGAAAUGUUUAAAAUUAGUUCCAAGUUUAAAGAAAGCAACCAUAGAAUGGAAUUGGGUAGGACUCAGACCAUUUAGACAGCCUGUUCGUGUUGAAAAAGAAAUAAUUCAAUACAAAGAUAAGGUUCUUAAGAUAGUGCAUAAUUAUGGACAUGGAGGACAUGGUGUUACUCUCUCUUGGGGAACAGCAAAACAUGCAACAGAACUUGUUGUGGACUUGACAAAAGAAGGAAGUUGUCAAUAACUUGAAAUCAUUCUUAAUGAUGUAAAUUAAUGAAAAAGAAAACAAUGUUUUAUUUUUAUGUUGAGUAAUUAAAGAAUUAUUCAAUAGGAGUAUAAUUUUGAAAAAAGUGAGUACAAUAAAGUUUUAAU